GGAAUUCCCCCCGCCCCAAGUACUUGCCCUCCUUCCUCAUUCAACGCGCAGACUUUGAGAUAAUCGCCCGCUCCAACGUUUCUCAUUUUUCUGUCGUCGCCACCAAGGAAAAAGGCGACCAUGACUCAAGUGAAAAGCUGCGUGAAGAAUAGCUUGAUUUUGUCCAACGUUUUCUUCGCAAUUGUAGGGGGCGCCAUUAUCUGCCUGGCGCUGCUGGUGGAGGUGGUCACACGCUACAAUGAUGUAUCGCUGGAAGGCCGCGACACCGGCCUGAUCCUGCUGUAUGUGGUGGGCACUGUUACUAUGGCAAUCGCCGCCGUGGGCGCGUACGGCGCGCACCGCCAGAGUCGACCCGCGCUCAUCGUGUUCCUGGUGUGUAUGGUGAUUGGCACACUGAUGAUGUUGCGCGUCGGCAUCCCCCUGGCGGCCGUGCGUCCCGAGUUGGAGGGCGUGAUGUCGGACAAGUUUCGCCAGCUGCUGCCGUUGGACGAAGCCAACGAGAAGAUCAAGAAAUUCACCAACGUCAUUCAGGAAACGCUGCAGUGCUGCGGCAUGUUCAGCUCGGACGACUGGCGCCAGGAGCUUCCGGACUCGUGCUUGUGCGACGAGCUGGCGGAGGGCAAAUGUCGCGACGUCGGCUACAACUUCAUGAUGCUCCAGAUGAAGAAGUCCGUCUUCCGCCAGCCGUGCUUCCCAAUCGUGGUCCACUUAUUCCUCUUGACCUUUGACAUCGUGAUGGGGAUGUCCUUCGUGUUGGCCAUCUUGGCGCUGCUGGGUCUGACGCUGUCGUCGGUCCUCAUCCGUCAGUUGCAUGCGGGCGGGCGCCCUGCCGUGCUGCUGGUGCCCGCCAUCUUCAAGCCGGCGCCCCCCAAGUACCAGGAGCUGCAGGACGCGCCCGCCACCCUCUGCUCGAAGGCUGUCGCCACAGCUGGUGCCUUCAACCACUGAAGCCGCAGCUGCAGUGUUCUCCUGCUGUUUGUUACAAAUAAAACCACACUCCCGCUUUCUGUCACUUGAAUAUUUGCAAAGACGACCAACUCCAGUUGAAAGCGGUGUUGCGUCCCAAAUAAAAACCGCCACUGUGACAACA